AUGAUGGACUAUCAUGCACAACGUGCGAUGGCUCAUGGCAUGUACGCCGCCAUGGACACCUUUGUUCAAAGUGCUGCUAUGAAAGUGGACUGGACGCAGCGUCAGAGCGUUGUUGACCGACUACGCCAAUGGAUUCGACAUCGAUUUGUCCCUGCAGUGGGCCUCUCAACACCCAACGAAGUGGCGGAUUGGGAGAACACAGCUCUUGAACGCCUGGCGAAGCAAAGGAUCAGACACCUUCUCGAUUAUGUCAAGGCCUGGCCUCAUUCAACCGGAGCAAUACUGGAUCUGAGAGAAUGCAUGCACUCAUCAGAAGUGAAGAUCCAGAUUGCGAACUCAUUUACACGUCAGCUAAGUCGUCGCUUAUUACAUGCCGGUGUGACAACGUCAGAGCUACUCAGCAUCUACAUCAAUGUCAUCAUGGCGUUCAAGACUCUGGACCCAAGAGGUGUGCUCCUGGAUAAGGUAGCUGUACCUCUACGUGCAUAUCUAAGACAUCGCGAAGACACUGUAAGAAUCAUCGCAGCCAGUUUCCUGGCAGAUGUCGGUGAUGAUGAUACUCCUCUCGAUAAUUCGUCCGAAGAGAUAUGUAUCGACCUUGCUCGAGAAAUCAACCUUUCGGAGGGUCAGGCGCUUCAUGUUGAACACAAAGGUCUUGACUGGGAUGAUAUGGAAUGGAUGCCUGAUCCUAUUGAUGCAGGGCCUGAUUACAAGAAAUCCAAAACCGAGGAUGUCAUGUCGUUUAUGCUUACUCUCUUUGAGCAAGCUGAUUUCAUCAAGGAGGUCCAGUCACUAUUGGGAGAACGCUUACUGAGUGUCGGCUAUGAUGAUACCGAACUCGAAAAGGAGAUUCGUCUCGUGGAGCUUUUCAAGACACGAUUUGGUGCCGAUCGUUUGCAGUCUUGUGAGGUCAUGCUGCGUGACAUACAAGACUCGAGACGCAUCAACAAUACCCUUCGUCCAAAAGACGAUUUCCCAACGGCGCAGGAGGUUCAUGCGGCAAUUCCUGAUACUGGAAUCAAAAGUCAGGCACUCAUUGGCAAGUUCAACACGCGUGUGCCACGGACCGACUUGGCUGGUCAUAAGUUCAUCGCCCUGAUCAAAUCCGUGGCUGUCGCUGAAAAAGGCUCAGACAUACUCUAUCCAUCACCUGACUUACCCAUGUUUGAGUCCAGUGUUGACACUGAGUUGUCUGCAGCCUUCCAAACACAGAUUUUGUCUUCGUUCUUCUGGCCGAGUCUAAGAGAAGAUGAGUUUGCCGUACCAGCGCCAAUUUCUACUCUGCAGAAGAACUUUGAGCAGGAUUUCGAGCGCAUCAAGAAUCUUCGCAAACUACACUGGUUAUCUGCUCUGGGAAAGGCUACAGUCGAGCUCGAGCUUGAGGAUCGUACUGUGAAGUUUGAAGGUGUCCAGACGUGGCAAGCAAGUGUCAUAUAUGCAUUCCAAGAUGAGAGCCAGGACGCUUCUACUGCCAGCCCAGCAUCAAGAACAGUACAGCAGCUGGAAGAGUCACUUCAGAUGGAAGAAGUGCUUGUACGCAACGCACUUGCAUUUUGGGUAGGCAACCAAGUUCUGAUCGAGGAUGAGCCGGAUGUCUUCACCGUUCUUGAGCAGUUGCCAUCUGCAGAUGGAAAGUCCACGACAGGCCCUCCAGCACAUGCACCAGUGCAGGCUGAUACCGUCAUCUCGGCAGUCAAGUCCCAAGAUGCUGUACUUCAAGACAACAAACCCAUGUACGAAAUGUUCAUGAUGGGCAUGUUGACGAACGGAGGUGCCAUGGACGCGGCACGUAUCACAAUGAUGAUGAAAAUGGUUGUCCCUGGCGGUUACAACUUUGGUGAGGAUGAAACGAGAUGGCUCCUUUCUGGCAUGGAGGAGCAGGGCAAGGUUGUCGUCAAUGGCAGCAACUAUUCCAUCAAGAAAUAA